GCCCCUCGUCUUGUCUCGUCAGCUCCAAGCGAGGUGUUCUUCCAUUCCCGUGAUGAUGCCGACUACGUCGUGUUACCGUGUGCUGCUGAAGGUAACCCUCCACCGACGAUCACUUGGUUCAAAAAUGACAUCGAUGUGGUGACACCUUCCGGUUCCAGUGUGCCAUAUCUCUUGUCUGGUGGAUCUCUGCUAGUUCCAGCCGAUCAAUCACUGGCUUAUUCUUCGUUCCACUGCACCGCAAAAAAUCAGCAUGGUGAAGUCAGGGGACCGUCAAUACUGCUCAAGCCGGCAUUCAUGGACUCAUUCCGACCUCAUCGCGGCAACGUCGUACCUCUAUACAACGGUGGUGCGAAACUCGAAUGUGAUGCGCCAAAUCACCAACCA